UUAUUUUGAAGGAUAUCUACAAUGUCUCCACUUUGCUAGUGAAAAAGGACAAAAAUAAAAGAGGGAUUCUGAGCGUGAGGCGCACAACAAAACCAGUAGCAGGCGGACGAGCACGGUCUCGAAGAAUUCCAUAUUCCUUGUAAUUCAGAAAGUUCAAAGCGCAAAAAGAAGCAUUAGCCAACAGAGUCGGCGUUUUCACAUUGCCUUUUUCUGACUUUAGUUUCUGUAAGCUAAUUCUUUUUUCUGGUCGACAUUGUUAGCACUUGUCAUUACCACUGUAAUCCUAAUCGGGACAUAUUCCCAGACCCAACUCUGACCUAGACGAAUUCUUAAAUGCUCCCAUCAAUCUCACUCGGAUCCACAAAAGGCAGAAUAUAAGGAAGUGGAGCUAGUAGUAGUGGCGGUGGGACGGAGGUGGAAAAGCUUAAAAGCGGAGCUACAAUAUCUGCUGCUUCAAGCUAAUUCUGUAAACGCAAACAACCAUCGCAGCAACAAGAUGAUGGAUACCCACAAUAAUUACAAUAAUGGCAAUCCUUACCUACAGAAUGCACCUGUUCCUGCUGCUAAUGGAUAUGGGCCAUAUGGGAGACGGCCGAUGAGUGGGAUAUGUGAUGUGUUGAAUCGCUAUGGGAAAAGGGUUGAAGAUGUCACUAGGAGAGCAGAGGUCUACGCUGAUAACAUCUGGCACCAUCUCAAAGUUAGUUCCAGUUUCACAGAUGCAGCAAUGGCAAGGAUUGCUCAAGGGACAAAGGUGCUUACUGAAGGAGGGCAUGACAAAGUUUUCCAGCAGACAUUUGGAACCUUGCCUGGAGAGAAGCUCGCGAAGGCCUAUGUCUGCUAUCUGUCAACAUCCUCUGGUCCUGUGAUUGGGACACUUUACAUAUCCACUAGAAGACUUGCUUUUUGUAGUGAUUAUCCAUACUGCUACUAUUCUCCCACUGGACAACAGCAAUGGAUGUAUUACAAGGUGGUGGUGCAGCUGGAUAAGUUGAGAACAGUAAGUCCUUCUUCAAGCAGAAUGAACCCGUCUGAAAAAUACAUCCAAAUUGUGACAACAGAUGGUCAUGACUUUUGGUUUAUGGGGUUUAUAUCAUAUGACAAAGCACUCAAGCAAUUAACUGAGGCUUCAAGGCACCCUCGUGACUCUUCUGGGGAAAUCCCAGUCAGUAUGGGAUAGAGCAUGAACUCUUGCUCUCCCCUUCCUCUAUAUUGCUGAUGGUCUGGUGGGAGAAUGUUUAAGGACGUAGUCUGAUACAAGGCUUCUCAAGGAUGUAGGGUGAUAUUCAUAAAUUAAUAUAAUUACAUGGAUGCGUGGUAGUCCAUGUUAAGUUUUAUGUUUUAAUCCAUCAGUGAGUUGGGAGUUUGCUUAUGUGAUGGUGAUUUCAUGAGUAAUCUCCCUUUCACUCCCACCUCACAAUACAAAUCCUGUGGUUCUAAGAGAGAGAAUAUAUGAAUGACUUUCUUGUUAGAUUUCCA